UUCACAAGAUUCCUCGAAGAACUUUUUCUCUGAGCUAUUUUCGCUCUUUCAAAUUUUUUAUGCCUCGAGGCGUCUCUUGACUCUUGUAGUUGCACGUGGUAUAGAUAAAACAGAGUAGCUGAUCAUGUGGUAGAAAUUCUAAUAGUUGAUUGGUCAAAAAGAGUACCCAAUUGGUAAUCUCCUUUGUUUGCAAGGGGAAAUCCUGAACAGGACGUUCUGUUUAAACAAUUUCCAGGAAGAACACACUUACAUAAUUAAUUCUGGCACGUAUAGUUUAAAAUUUUGUUUUUGCACAAUAACAAAACACAACUUAAUCAGAGAAUGAAUUCCUUUUUACUUCUUUUGAACGAAAUCAGCCACGAAUUGACAAAUGAACAGCUUAGCAGCCUCAUUCACAUCUGCAACAUUCCAGGAGGAAUUCGAAGUCAAAUGAACGAUGGUCUAGCUCUAUUUCGAUACUUGAUGACCCAAGACUGGAUCAGUCCUGAAAGGAUCGGAAAUCUGCGCUACUUGAUAAGAAAAAUGCGACCUAAGCGAAGAGAUUUGGUGAAACGCAUCGACGAUUAUAUAAGGAAGGAAUUUCAAACGGACGACAUUCAUACAGUGCUCGGCGAUUUCACCGAAUCGUAUGAACAUAUGACAUUGCAACCAUUAGACAGUAACACCCAAGCCAAUGAUGUUAUAUGCCAUAUAAAUUGUGGUUGUGUUCAAUGUGCGUGCAACUAUAUCCCAACUUGCUAUACUUUCGUGAUUGUCUUACUUAUCCUUGGCAUAUUGAUUACUGUUUUGUUUUGGUAUGCGAAGGUUCCACAGGUAACUCACGUGAUCGAAACAAACUCAAAGCUCAAGAGUGUUGGGAAAUAUAUAGUCAUCCUGGAAGUAUUCCUACUUCUUCUAGUUAUUGUGCUACGAUAUCGUUCAAAGAUUUUUUCACUUAGAAUAUGUAGGUGUCACGACAAAAAUGCACGCAUCCAGGAAGACGAAACUCGAGCUUUUUACAGGCCAACUAGCUCUAUUCGAGGUUUCUAUGGACAAACCAUUACAGUGAAUCAGAUAGUGCAAUUUGCGUCUUGCAUUCUACCUUUGGUGCAAUGUCAUUGACAAUGGAAAAUGAGGAAAUCUCCUCACAGGAUGCAUGAGACAUAUUCAUAUUUUCCCUAACAACUUGGACAUGCAACAAUGCUAUCCAUUUCAUUCUAAUUAGUUUCCCAAGGUAUCAAGAAAACAUUUCCUCAGCUAGCUGAAAAUGACCUUUUCUUUUCUGGGUUGAUUCAAUUUUAAUUGGUCUGAAUUAAAAUUACUUAUGAUUAUUGAGUAAGAAUAUACAUGAAUAGUCAAUGUUAACACAGGUCUUUGAGAUAUUUUGUGAAUUAGUUAAGUUUCAAGAACUUCUCCAGCUCUUCAUUUUCAAUGGCAGAAUCAAACUGUUCAUAGUUCUAAAAAAAUUCAUUGUAAUGUACUGUGUAGAAAGCUUUCAUAUAGAAUUAAUUAAAAAAUUGUAAAAAAUUGUAGAUUGCAUGUGAGGAACUAAGAUUUCAAUUUAGUAUGUAAGUAGAAUUUUGAAUGUUUGUGAAAGUUUA